CGACGACCCUUCGGCCUUUUUAGGGAGGGGGCGACGCUGCGAUGGGGGCGGCGGCGGCGGAAGCGGAUCGCACUCUCUUUGUGGGCAACCUUGAAACUAAAGUGACAGAGGAGCUCCUUUUCGAGCUCUUCCACCAGGCUGGGCCAGUAAUAAAAGUGAAAAUUCCAAAAGAUAGGGAUGGUAAACCAAAGCAAUUUGCAUUUGUGAAUUUCAAACAUGAAGUAUCUGUUCCUUAUGCAAUGAAUCUGCUUAAUGGAAUCAAACUUUUUGGAAGGCCCAUCAAAAUUCAGUUUAGAUCAGGAAGUAGCCAUGCCUCGCAGGAUGUCAGUUUGUCAUAUCCCCAGCAUCAUGUUGGAAAUUCAAGCCCUACCUCCGCAUCUCCUAGCAGGUAUGAAAGGACGGUGGAUAACAUGACUCCAUCAGCGCAGCAAAUUCAGAGAUCUUUCUCUUCUCCGGAAAAUUUUCAGAGACAAGCAGUGAUGAACAGUGUUAUGAGACAUGUGUCAUAUGGCGGGAAAUUCGGUUCUCCACAUCUGGAUCAAUCAGGAUUUUCCCCAUCAGUUCAGUCACAUAAUCAUACUUUUAACCAGUCUUCAAGCUCCCAGUGGCGCCAGGAUACGCCAUCAUCACAGCGUAAAGUCAGACAAAAUUCUCAUCCCUAUGUAGCAGAUAGACAUUAUAGCCGUGAAAAGCGUUACUCUGAUCCCUCCUCUGACCACCAUUACAGAGGAAGCAGAGAUGAUUUCUUCUAUGAAGAUAGGAAUCACGAUGGCUGGAGCCAUGACUAUGAUAGCAGAAGAGACAGUGGUAGAGAUGGAAAAUGGCGCUCAUCUCGACACUAACAAGUGUUGAAAGGACGUUGUUUUUAUAGGGUCAUUCUAGGCCCUUUUGGCUAAGUUGGUGUGGGACUGUUUUGUUAAAACUGUACAGAGCGCCUUUACAAGUUGCCACAUUUCUUUAUAAAGAUUUUUAAACCUAUAGUUACAGUCUAAUAAGAAAUGAGAAGAAUUGUGGUUCCAGUUUUAUUACAUUAAUAACCUUUCACCUCAGGGUUUUGUGUAGAGGAAAGGGUUUUAUGCAAAAGAAAAUGCCGCAAUUCGUAAUCAUUUUAGACAGUUGAGGAAGGGAUAUAUUAUAUGGAUUGGUUGUAUUAUAAAGCAAAUAUUUUAAUUAUCUGUGAUCUUUUUGUAUUGCAAGAUGUUUCUUGUUAGCAAAUCAGAUUUUAGUGUAUCAGAAAACAUUCAAGGUGAUAGUCUGAAAUGACUGUCAGUAUUUUGUUAAUAAAUGAGAAAAUGUAAUUUCAGUGAUUCAUUUUACUAACAUUUUAUUUGAGAAAGCUUAUUGGUAAAGUUUGGGGAUAAAUCAUAUUGUUUAACCUCUUAGAGAAUUUAAGUGUAAGUUCUGUGACAUGCUUUUUUUGAGUUUUACUCAAAUUGAACAUGUAAGUAAUCAAUCUACACAUGCUAUUUCAUUCUAAAAUUUUAGAAUUGCUCAUUAAAUCAUGUUUGAUGUAUGAUUGAAUUCACUCAGGAAGUUAAAUAUCUCUAAAUGUAUUUUUUUACAUUAAAAAUACAGUGUUAGUGUAAAUCCCCUUUUCAAGAAUAACAAAAACGUAAAUACAUAGAUAAAUGGUAAAAUGUUUUACUGAAAGUAUACUCUUUUGGAAAAAAGGUUCACAAAGCCUUUAGGUGCUGCCUCUGUCACUCAAACUUGACACAUUUUAUUUUGGAGAUUGUACAGGUUGCUCUUUUGUUUGAACAUUUGAAAGAAUUUAGUCUUAAACAUUUUCUGAUUUUAAAAACUUUUAUCUAUCAAGACAGUGUUUCCCUUUUAUUGUACAACUUGUUUAUAAAAAUUGUUUAUAAAAAUUCAUUCCUUGAAAAAUCUGGAUCCUUUGUAAUAUUAACCACAGCAUUUGUACUAUGUUGCUUUUUAAUAUAUUGAAAACAUGAA